AUGGCGGUCGAGGGCCGGCCUCCUUCACCCAAGUCAAUCCUUCGGGGUCACAAGGCGCAGGUACAUGCCGCCACCUUCAUCCGCAACAAUGAGCGCCUCGUCACUGGUGAUGCCGAUGGAUUCGUCGUCGCCUGGGACCUGACCAUUAUGAGGCCUCGCGCGGUAUGGCAGGCUCAUGAGAAUGCUAUCCUUGGAAUUGCCGGAUGGGGAAACGACCGGAUCAUCACUCAUGGUAGGGACAACAAGCUCAUCGUCUGGAAGCUCACCGGCGAUGAUGAGAGUCGGAUGAGUACCACGCUUCCACUCGACCCAUGUACAGAGCCGCGACCAAAGCCAUGGAUAUUGCAUCUUCUGGAGGUCAACACCAUGAACUUCUGCUCUUUCUCAUAUUGUCCUGUUCCGGAUCCUGUGCUACCAGGUCAGCAAGAAGGCCAAAGUCAAGACACAGCAGCAGAAGAGUCAAAGUCGGGAUCAGAGCUACUCAUCGCAGUUCCCAACACGCUGGCGUCCGAAGCGAUUGACAUCUUUCAUCUCCCUUCCCAGACGCGCCGCCAUACUGUUAAGCUGGGCGAUAAGAACGGCAUGGUUAUGGCCGUGGCACUGUUCAACCAGGCUGACUCUCUAACCCUCGUGGCUGGGUAUGAAAAUGGCCUUGCCAUAGUGGCCCAUCGUGAUGCCGUCAAGAAUGACUGGAUACCACUGUACCAAGCAACCUGUCACUCUCAACCCAUUCUGUCCUUGUGUAUUUCUCCUGCCCGGGAUUUCUUCCUCACGUCAAGCGCAGAUGCGGUCAUCGCUAAGCACCGCUUGCCUCCUGUGGUCUCAGACGAUACAACAUCGACACACGUCACAGCGACUCAGGCCGCUCAAGUGUCUGAGAGUGAAGAGAGCAACGGACCUGUCAACACACGGGACAAAACCGUUGGAAAGUCUCUGCUUGGUGCGGCCUUGGCCAAGGCAAAGCAGAAUCCUUCAUCGCAACAGAAACCACCACAUACGCCCCAAGAAGUACAAACCCAACCCCUGAAGACUGUCAACACAAAACAUGCAGGACAGCAAAGCAUCGAAAUCCGCUCUGAUGGCUUGGUUUUCGCCACGGCUGGCUGGGACAGCAAGGUCCGCGUCUAUUCCACAAAGACGCUCAAAGAGGUUGCUGUCCUGAAAUGGCACCAAGUUGGAUGCUACGCUGUCGCUUUUGCCGAUAUUGCUCCAAAGCCUAGUGCUCCUUCGAUUAACGAUCAGAAUCCUAAAGCAACCGCAUCGACCACUGGGUCCGAACCGACUGGGUCCGAUUCCCUGGGUCAUGGGACCCAGAAAUCAAACGUGGACAAGAGCCUCACCGUCGUACCGAAGCUUGUCGAACUGACAGUCAGGGAUAAGCGUCUCAGACAGGCAAAGACGGCACAUUGGCUGGCUGCCGGAAGCAAGGACGGAAAGGUCAGUCUCUGGGAUGUCUUCUAG